CCCCCGCCGCUCGAGGAGCUUCACUCCGGCGAGGCCCGGAGGGCCCGUGAUUCCGACAGCGGCUCAGACGCCGACUCGGAGUUGGGUCGGGGGAGCCCGACCCGGACCGCAGAGGUAAGACAUUCUAUCUAGUAGGAGGUGAGAACCACGAAUUCUGCUAAUUUCAAAUCUUACUAAAAAUCAUUGAGGCCAGGAUCUGUUUCAUAUUUAUCUAGGCAGUGGAAAAGGAAAUGGCUGUUCCUAAUCACCUCUGCAUUCGCCGCUGGACUACCAAGCAUGUAGCUGUUUGGCUGAAGGAUGAAGGCUUUUUUGAAUAUGUGGACAUUUUAUGUAAUAAGCACCGACUUGAUGGAAUCACAUUGCUAACAUUGACUGAAUAUGAUCUCCGGUCUCCUCCUCUGGAAAUCAAAAUCUUAGGGGACAUUAAAAGGUUAAUGCUCUCAGUCCGAAAAUUGCAGAAAAUACAUAUUGAUGUUUUAGAAGAAAUGGGAUACAACAGUGACAGUCCCAUGGGUUCCAUGACACCUUUCAUCAGUGCUCUUCACAGCGCAGAGUGGCUCUGUAAUGGAGAGCCUUCACAUGACUGUGAUGGACCAAUCACUGAUUUGAAUUCUGAUCAGUACCAGUACAUGAAUGGUAAAAACAAACAUUCUAUUCGAAGAUUGGACCCAGAGUAUUGGAAGACCAUAUUGAGUUGUAUAUAUGUUUUUAUAGUAUUUGGGUUUACAUCUUUCAUUAUGGUUAUAGUCCACGAGCGAGUGCCUGAUAUGCAGACCUAUCCACCACUCCCAGAUAUAUUCUUAGACAGUGUUCCUAGAAUCCCAUGGGCCUUUGCCAUGACAGAAGUAUGUGGCAUGAUUUUGUGCUAUAUUUGGCUCCUGGUUCUUCUUCUCCACAAACACAGGUCAAUACUUCUUCGAAGGCUCUGUAGUCUGAUGGGUACUGUGUUCUUGCUUCGCUGCUUUACCAUGUUUGUGACCUCCCUCUCCGUGCCAGGACAGCACCUGCAGUGUACUGGAAAGGUAUAUGGCAGUGUAUGGGAGAAACUGCGCCGGGCCUUUGCCAUUUGGAGUGGCUUUGGUAUGACCCUAACUGGUGUUCACACUUGCGGAGAUUACAUGUUCAGUGGUCACACAGUCGUCCUAACUAUGCUGAAUUUCUUUGUCACUGAAUAUACACCAAGAAGCUGGAAUUUCUUGCACACUUUAUCCUGGGUUCUCAACCUCUUUGGAAUCUUCUUCAUUUUGGCUGCCCAUGAACAUUAUUCCAUUGAUGUGUUUAUUGCCUUUUAUAUCACGACAAGACUCUUUUUGUACUACCAUACUCUAGCCAAUACCAGAGCAUAUCAGCAGAGUAGGAGAGCAAGAAUUUGGUUUCCCAUGUUUUCUUUUUUUGAAUGCAAUGUUAAUGGUACAGUACCUAAUGAAUAUUGUUGGCCAUUUUCAAAACCAGCAAUAAUGAAAAGAUUAAUUGGAUAAAGACUACCUUUGUAAUGGGUUCUUGAUUAAAUAUAUAGUAGUUGUCGAAAGUGAGUAACUUUGCUUUCUCCCCCUAGGUUGUUCCUGGAUGCCUUGCUUUUGGGCUUAUAUGUUGACAAAGUAAAGUUCAUAUUCUGAGCAAGGCUAUGAUUAUAGAAAUCAAGAAAGAACAAUCAAGAGUCCUUACAUAUCUGUUUGAAUAGGAAGCUUAAGUUUAAGUAGAUGUUUCCUGACCCUUCUUUUUCAACAAACUUAAUGUUGUGAUUGAAGUCAGAUUGUUACCUUUACCUGUUGAGUACUGGCUUGUUGAACUUAAGCAAUUUGCUGGUUGAAAGUGGUUUUGUUUGUUUGUUUGUUUGUUUGUUUGUAAUUUCAUUAGGACUCUAGUCAAGAAAUAAUUUUUUUAAGCUCCUUAAUAUCUUCAAGGGAAAAACCCCUACCAAGUGAGCAGUAUUUGUUCUUUGAACUGAUCUCUGUAUUCUUGAAAAUUGCAACUCUAGAAAGUAAUCUGUAUUACUAACAAAUAAUUUUUGCCUCCUGAACCAUCUUUAAGAAAAGUAUCCUGAACAUACCAGGAUGCCUGAAACAAGAAGAAAAUGAAAGGGGCUAUCCACGAGGUAACUGAGUACAAAUAUGGUACUGGCAUUUUUCACCAAAGAUAAAACACAAGAUGCAGUUCCUAUUUUGUUCUGAGGGCUCAGUAUGACCAUCAGUCAGUAUUUUUGAGGGAAAAGUGGCUGCAUCCAUAAAAAUCAAAUUGGCUUAAUUUUAGUGAGGUAGGUACCUGGAACAACUUUGUGCUGUAGUUGUUAGUUAGACUUAUGACAACCCAAUUUUAUGCUAUUUAAUGAUGUUAUUUAAUGAGUAAAAUAGUGGAGUGUUUUACCAAAUGUUAGAUAAAGUUCUGAUGUCUUUAAGUAGGGAGGUUUGCAUGCAAAGAAUAUUUUUUCUAUUUCUGAAAAGAAAUGAUAACAGGUUGCAGGCAUUAUACAAUUAUUUGGUUUAAUAUUUGUCAUUCUUGGCCAUCAGAAGUAAACAGUCUCAAAUAUAUUUGGAUAUAAAAA